CUCUCUCUCUCUCUUCCGUGUCAACAUGGCGGCUUCCAUGGCAUCCCAGGCUGCAGCAAGAGGACUGAGGACACCAGCCUCAAGGCACUUACUCCUGGACAAGCUCAAGUGCACCUGGUCGAGUCCCAGGAGAUGGCUGAAUCUGCAAGAGUACCAGAGCAAGAAGCUGAUGCAGGAGAGCGGCGUGGCCGUCCAGCGCUUCUAUGUGGCCGACUCAGCUUCCGAGGCCUUGGAGGCUGCAAAGAGACUCAAUGCCAAGGAGAUCGUCUUGAAAGCUCAGAUUCUCGCCGGUGGCAGAGGCAAAGGUGUGUUUGACAGCGGCCUUAAAGGUGGAGUGCACUUAACCAAGGACCCCGCUGUGGUCGGCCAACUGGCCAAUAAGAUGCUGGGCUUCAACCUGACCACCAAGCAGACGCCCAAAGACGGCGUGAAAGUGAAAACGGUGAUGGUUGCCGAGGCCCUGGACAUCACCAGGGAGACGUACUUCGCCAUCCUGAUGGACCGCGCCUGCAACGGCCCCGUGAUGGUGGGCAGCCCUCAGGGGGGCAUGGACAUCGAGGAGGUCGCCGCCAGCUCCCCGGAGCUCAUCUUCAAGGAAGUCAUAGAUAUAUUUGAAGGGGUGCGAGAGGACCAGGCACUUGGCAUGGCGGCUAAUUUGGGCUUCAAAGGACCUCUGCAGAGACAGGCGGCCGAUCAGAUCAAGAGGCUCUACGAUCUGUUCCUGAAAGUCGACGCCACGCAAGUCGAAGUCAAUCCGCUCGGAGAGACUCCCGAAGGGCAAGUGGUUUGCUUCGACGCGAAGAUCAGCUUCGACGACAACGCCGAGUUCCGCCAGAAGGCGGUGUUCGCCAUGGACGACGAGUCGGAGAGCGACCCCACGGAGACGGCGGCGGCCAAGUGGAACCUCAAAUACAUCGGGCUGGACGGAAACAUCGCCUGCUUUGUGAACGGAGCCGGUCUGGCCAUGGCCACGUGUGACAUCAUUGACCUGCACGGGGGGAAGCCGGCCAACUUCCUGGACCUGGGGGGAGGAGUCCAGGAGAGGCAGGUGUACGAGGCGUUCAAGCUCCUGACCGCCGACCCGAAGGUCGAGGCCAUCCUGGUCAACAUCUUCGGCGGCAUCGUCAACUGCGCCAUCAUCGCCAACGGCAUCACCAAGGCGUGCCGAGAGCUGGAGCUGAAGGUGCCGCUGGUGGUCCGGCUCGAAGGGACCAACGUCCACGAGGCCAAGCGGAUCCUGAGUGAGAGCGGCCUGCCCAUCACCGCGGCAGAGAACCUGGACGACGCCGCCAAGAAAGUCGUGGCGGCCAUCCACAAAUAGGAAGCUCCGCCCCCUUUCCGCUCGCUCAUCAACGCACCGCCACAGCCGGCCUCGAGCCGUCGCUCUCAGAACACCAGCGUUUACUCUCAGUGCCAACGUGUGUGUGUGUGUGUGUGUGAAGUGUUGGUUAGCAGAUUUAACUUCUUUGUUUUUUUUAAUUAUUAUUUCUAAAUCAUGUCGUGGAAUAAAUAUCAUAAAGCUUCAGCGACAGAAACUGGGAAAGAGAUCUUCACACUUUGAGCAUUCCUUCAUCCAAAGAGAUCCUUUUUCCAUUCGUGUGGAAUAUUAAUUAAGAUUUAAUUAAUAUUUUCAGCUCCCUCUGUUUUUUUUGGUGUUUUUUUAAGUACAGUAUGACUGAAAACAGCCUGUUGGUGUGAAACCUCGAGAACAGCCGUUUCCAAAAGGCCUCAACUCUGGAUUAAUCGCUUUGUUUUCUGACUAACAAAUCCAAUAAUCCAUCCGAUGCCUUAUCCGUGAUGAAAUGAGGAAGAUGAAUAUUACACGCCACGUCUUAGUUGUGAAGCGCUGUCGGGCGCUGACUUAAAUCUGUUUCCUGAAGGCUUGAGUGAAGUGUCCUUAGGGAGCAGCUGUACGUCCACUCAGAGGAAACAACUGUACAACUGUAUUGACACCUAGAAGACCAGUUUCAAAACUAUAUAUAAUUAAAAAACGACUAUUUCAA